CCUGUGCUGGUAGCUAUGCCUUUUCGUAGAGAGCGCGGACGCGGCGCCGCGAUGAAUUUCGUCCCUCUGGAGACGCCGUCCGGGCGCCCGCCUCGGUCAAGUCACGUGACUGAGGCUUGCGUUGAAGAAGGAAGUGUUUUGCUGCGGGGUCCUGGGCUGGGCCGGACAGCGUGCGGGAUGGAAGCGACUUUGGAGCAGCAUUUGGAGGACACAAUGAAGAAUCCAUCCAUUGUUGGAGUCCUAUGUACAGAUUCACAAGGACUUAAUCUGGGCUGCCGUGGUACCCUGUCCGAUGAGCAUGCUGGAGUGGUAUCUGUUCUAGCCCAGCAGGCAGCUAAGCUAACCUCUGACCCUACCGACAUUCCUGUGGUAUGUUUAGAAUCCGAUAAUGGGAACAUUAUGAUCCAGAAACAUGAUGGUAUCACAGUGGCUGUGCACAAAAUGGCCUCUUGACACCUGAUGCCAGCCCUCCAGUGACCUCUCACCAGGAUUCAGUCAUGCCUGUCUCAGUUAACUUGUAACACUAUUAAAUUUCCAGAAAUCAGGCCAUUCACUUAAUGUCCAGUGUGGAUUUCCUUAUUUAUAUGACAGCCGGUUACCAAGAUGUCAGUUAGAAGCAUGGUGGCCUUGUUUGGACUUUUGUCACUCUUGUCUUUGGUGACAGUCACUGUAGUCCAGGAUCGCAGCCCAUCAUGGCCUAGAACUGUGUAGCCAGGCUGACUUCAAAUUUAUGGUCUUCCUGCUUCAAACUCCUAUAUCUUGGGAUUAUAGCCUUUGUCACUAAGGUCUGUGAUUAUAUAGCCUUUGUCACUAAGGUCUAGGUCACUUUGUAUAUAGAACUUUGUUGUGGUCAAUAAAUCUGUUCUGAGCAAA